AUGCCGUAUUAUGUCAGCAUCUUUCGUAUUCAAUAUCCACCAGAAGAUGACUUCGUUCAAGCACCAGACAAUGCUAUUGCCGCCGAUAUGUCUGGUGACGUAUCGCCAACGUCGAUAUUCAGCCUGAAUGAGCUGUUCAAUAACCCACUCUUUGCGGGCGGUAUUGGUCUGGCGUCGCUCGGCGCCGCGGCCGCCUUUGCCAGAAAAGGCGUUAUAGUCGCGGUCGGAGCAGCACGCCGGCGAUUGCUGGUCAAUGUUGAAAUCAGCAAGCAGGAUCCCGCCUACCCCUGGAUUCUCGCAUGGCUGUCGACGCCUCGGCCGACACAGGGCUUCAUUGCGUCCCGCCUGACGCGCAUCCACAACCUCUCCGUGACGACGGCCACGGCGUCCAAAGGGCCGGCAGUCGGCGGGCCGCCCAGCGCGCACUUUUUUCUGCAGCCUGGUUAUGGCAGACACAUCAUCAAGUUUCGCAAUGCAUUCAUUGCGGUCAAUCGUGAAAAACACAACACGGCCAAUAUGAAUACGGGGGAGCCGCACGAGAUUGUACAGUUGACGACGUUGUGGGCACAUCGACACAUUUUUGAACAAGUGUUUAGCGAGGCGCAUACGCUCGCAGCCAAGGCCACUGAAGGUAAAACAUUGGUUUACUCGGCACGCGGCAUGGAAUGGGCGCCUCUGGGAGAACCGCGAAAGAAACGACCACUCAAAUCAGUAAUACUGGACGAAGGGGUCAAGGAUAGCAUCGUGGGCGAUGUAAAAGACUUCUUGUCACGGCAGCAGUGGUAUGUGGACCGUGGCAUCCCCUAUAGACGAGGCUACCUAUUGUUUGGGCCGCCGGGUAGCGGCAAGAGCUCCUUCAUCCAGUCCCUUGCCGGCGAGCUGGACUUUGGCGUUGCCAUGAUUAAUUUGAGCGAAAUGGGCAUGACGGACGACAAGCUGGCGUACUUGCUGACCAAGCUGCCCAAGCGCACCCUGCUAUUGCUGGAAGAUGCUGAUGCGGCGUUCACAAACCGACGACAGCGCGAUGCAGACGGCUACAGCGGUGCUAGUGUAACAUUUUCCGGUCUGCUGAAUGCACUCGACGGCAUUGCAGCUGGUGAGGAGCGACUUGCUUUUCUAACGACCAACCACAUCGACCGGCUUGACCCUGCCUUGAUUCGCCCUGGUCGUGUCGAUAUGAUGACGAGAAUCGGCGAGGCGACCCGCUAUCAGGCCAGCGAGAUGUGGGAUCGAUUCUACGGCGAUGUGGACGAGGACCACUCGAGCAGAGAACUUUUUCUAGGGCGUCUGAAUGAGCUGGGCCUAUUUGGACAAAACCCCGACGGCGGACCGUCACACAGACACACGAGCACGGCUGCCAUCCAGGGUCUUUUCCUCUUCAACAAGAAUGACAUGCAGGGAGCAAUCAACAUGGCCGAGGGUCUCGUGCCGCGGAAAUUUGAGGCCUCAGACGAUGUACCAGAGGGAGCGAUCAAGACGUCUGCAUGA